AUGGAGUUUUAUUGGGUUAUGUUGACUAUUGCUAUUCUGUCAAGCGUUCUAAACAACACUGGUGGCUCAGCCUGUGACGUAGAAGAACGGUUAUAUAAUACGAUCUUUGAAGGUUAUAACAAACAUGUCCGACCUGUCAAGUCCUAUAACAAACCCAUUGUCUUAGAGUUUGCUUUGUACAUACUCCAGAUUCUUGAUGUGCUUUGGCGGGAUGAAAAUCUUCAGUGGAACGCGUCUGAUUACAGUAAUAUUAGCAGUAUUGUAGUGCCAUUCAGUAAUGUCUGGAAACCUCACGUAAUGCUGGACAAUAGUGUAAACGGCGAGUAUUCAAUCCCUCCUCUUGACGGCACCAGACUCCAUCACGAUGGAAGUAUCGUUUACUGGGCACCUGCCACGUUCCACACGCCUUGUAUCAUGGAUAUCAAAUAUUUCCCAUUCGACAGUCAGCAAUGUCAUUUAAAAUUCGGCCCAUGGGAGCACGAUGCCGGGGAGGUAGUGAUGGAUCCUAUAUACGACACGAUUGUCAAAGAGAACUUUUUAACGAACAGUGAGUGGGAUUGGGUCAGUUCAUCAGCCAAGUUGAUCACCGACGUUGUCGAUGAACACUAUAGUAUGAUCGUUUUCACCAUCACUCUCAGAAGAAGACCUCUAUACUACAUCACCAACAUUGUAUUACCGUCCAUUGCUAUGGCAUUGUUGACAGUAUUGGUACUAUGUUUACCGCCCGAGUCUGGUGAGAAAAUGUCUUUUGGAGUUUCAUUACUCGUUGCUAUAUCGGUCUUCAGCGUUCUUGUUGCUGGUACUAUCCCGACAACCUCCGAUAGUGUUCCAAUUAUAAUCCAGUUCCUCAUGUUUAACUUAUUUCUGGUGACAUGCUCCAUCAUCAUCAGCGUCGCUGUUUUGCGGUUACAUCACAGACCCGCAUACAAUCUUGUAAUGCCACGUUGGAUGAGAAAACUGUAUCUGAUUUUUUUACCGAAAGUAUUGCUCAUGAAACCAUAUCGUUCCGGUGUGCGCGGGAAUACACAUAAUGUACGCGUCGAUGUGGAAGACGAAGAGUCUCUAAGCACAUGUCAAUUGUUAGGAAACGCCAGUAGUUCAAAGGGUAAAAAACCUUUACUGUCAAACGGGAAUAUGAAACAGAAAGUGGCAAUCACCGACACUUUCAGAAUGCAGUUAAAACGCACGGCUGUCGAAGAAGACUACACCAAUAAUAAGAUACUGCAGAUGAUCCUUGCGGAACUUCAACUACUGAAUGGAAACAUCAAUAACUCUGAAACGCAAGCUGAGAAACUGGCGGAAUGGCGAUACAUGGCGACUGUAAUUGAUCGAUUUUUCUUCGUAUUGGCGAUGGUAGCAUACCUGGUUGGGGCUGUGGUACUGCUCACGGAGUUCAACAACGAUGAAUUACCCCAUCUAUAAAAAAAACAGUAGUGAUAAAGAAAAACAAUAGUCUUGCAUGCAUUUAC